AUUUAAUUAUAAUACAUAAAAUAAAUAUGGUUCAAAAGGCUGUUCUUGUUACUGGUGGUGCUGGUUAUAUCGGUUCUCAUACUGUUAUCGAAUUAUUAGAAGCUGGUCGUGAAGUAGUCAUUUAUGACAAUCUUUAUAAUGCCUCUUAUGAAGCUGUUCGUCGUAUCGAAAAAAUUACAGGAAAGAAGCCUAUUUUCUACAAGGCUGAUAUUCUCGAUAAAAAAGCUCUUUUAGAAGUUUUCAAUCGUCAUCCAAUUGAUUCUGUCAUUCACUUUGCUGGUCUUAAGGCUGUUGGUGAAUCAACCCAGAUUCCCCUUGAUUACUACUAUAACAAUAUUACCGGUACUAUUGUCUUAUUACAAGCUAUGAAGGAAGCUAAUGUCAAGAACAUUGUCUUUUCAUCUUCUGCUACUGUUUAUGGUGAACCACCUAUUAUUCCUAUUCCCGAAACUUGUCCUACUGAUGCCAAGAGUCCUUAUGGCCGUACCAAACUCUUUGUUGAAAAUAUUAUUCGUGAUCUUUGUACUGCUGAAAAGGAUUGGAAUGCUGGUUUACUCCGUUACUUUAACCCUGCUGGUGCUCAUCCCUCUGGUAUUUUGGGUGAAAAUCCUACUGGUAUCCCUAAUAACUUGAUGCCUUACUUUGCUCAAGUUGCUAUUGGUAAACGUGAAUGUUUAUCUGUCUUUGGUAAUGAUUAUCCUACUCGUGAUGGUACAUGUAUUAGAGACUAUAUUCAUGUUGUUGAUUUAGCAAGAGGUCAUUUAGCUGCUCUUAAGAAACUUGAAGAAAAUCCUGGUUGUGUUGAAUAUAACUUGGGUACUGGUGUAGGUUCUACAGUUUUAGAAAUGGUUCAUGCCUUUGAAAAGGCUGUCGGUCGUGAAUUACCUUACAAGAUCACAGGUCGUCGUCCUGGUGAUGUCCCCAACCUUACUGCUGAUCCUAAAAAAGCAAACGAAGAAUUAGGUUGGAAGGUUCAAUUCACUUUGGAUGAAGCUUGUGCCUCUUUAUGGAAAUGGCAAAGUCAAAAUCCUAAUGGUCUUGAAGACUAUCCUUCUGAGGCUCCUGCUGAGACUAUUCUUAACUACCUCCACUAAAUUAAUCAUAUAUCAUAUGUAGAAAGUUUACAUACAAACAAACAAACAAACAAAAAAGACAUUAUAUACAUAUUUAUAUAUAUAUACGCUUUUUAUAUUUCCCUUUUUUAUUUUUUAUUCUAACACUAUCUGUUCUAUAUAAACAUAUAUAUAUAUUAUUAUAGCAUUUCAUUAUAAUAAAGUCAUCAUAUUAUUAUUUAUUUUUUUAUUUA